CGCUCUGCUUUGCCCCUUCCGCCAGCCGCCCCACCUACUUCACCACCUCAUCUGCAAAAGAUGCCUCGCUAUGAGCUGGCUUUGAUCCUAAAAGCCAUGCAGAGACCUGAGACAGCUGCAACACUGAAACGCACAGUGGAAGCUUUGAUGGAGAGAGGAGCAGUGGUGAGGAAUUUGGAAAACCUGGGCGAAAGAACGCUGCCAUACAGAAUCUCAAAGCACAAUCAACGUCACACCAGAGGAGGGUAUUUUUUGGUAGACUUCAAUUCUCCACCAACAGUUGUUUCAGCCAUAAAGGACCAUUUAGGACGUGAUAUUGAUGUGAUCCGGUCUUCCAUUUUAAAGCACCAUGUGGCAAAUUCAGAAGAAUGCAUGGGCAUGAUACCAGACAGCACUGAAGAUACUAACAAAGAUGAAGAAAUAAAUAGCCGAAGACCAUAGAGGCAUUGCUGCCCCUAAUUUGAACCUAGUUGUAAGGAUCUGUGAUUUAUGCAGCGUGCCUAGGUGUGUUACUUUUGACUAUUCUGCAGUAAAUGACGUUUUAUAUAUAUAUACUUUGUAUUUUAAAAUCAGGGCAUUUCCCCCCAAAGUAUU